GGAAGAAGAGGCGAUGCAGGAACGUGGCGGUCGCGCGCGCAGUUUUCAAGUACAUCGUUCCUCAGUCAUGGAUCCAGGUCUCACCAUCAUCCUUCUGGGAAACACUGGAGUUGGUAAAAGUGCUUCAGGAAACACCAUCCUGGGACGAGCUGCGUUUGAGUCCAAACAAUCCAUCAGACCAGUGACGACACAGAUCAGUGAAGCCACUGAAACUGUGUUUGGCAAACAGGUCUCAGUGGUGGACACUCCAGGGAUCCUGGGACAUGAGGCGGAGAUCCAGACCUGGUGUCAGGAGCUCCUGCAGUCCAACAGACCCUGUCUGUUCCUGGUGGUGUUCAGUGUCGGACGCUUCACCAGACAGCAGGAAAAGGUUCUGUUGGCAGUGAACAGAGUCCUCAGACCUCUGGAGUUCAAACAGUGUCACCUGCUCUUCACAGGUGGAGGCGCUCUAGAGGACAUGUCUUUGGAAGACUUUGUCUUUGAAGGUGGAGAAAGUUCAUCUCUCAGAGCAGUGUUUUCAGGGAGGUGUCAUCUGUUCAACAAUGAAGAUGGAGGAGAGGAACAAGUCAGAGACCUGCUGGAGAAGACAGGUCACCUCAGAGUCCAGCAGCCCCCCGAGUCACCAGACAGGAGGAUCCUUCUGCUGGGUCUCCCUGGAGAAGGGAAGAGUUCAUCAGGAAACACCAUCCUGGGGUCAGAUUGCUUCACCUCGGUCUGUGGCUUUGAUUCCAUCAGUACUGAGGCCGUGUGUCAGUCAGCAGAGGUGGAGGGUCGUCAGGUCACAGUGGUCGACACUCCUGGAAUCACUGAUGCAGCUCUGACUCCUAAACAGCUCUAUGAGGAGGUGAUGAAGGGGAUGAUGAAGGCUGGUCCAGGACCACAUGCUUUAGUGUGUGUGGUCAGAAUAGGCAGCGUGUCGGCAGCACACAUUAAACUGUUUGAGAUACUUUCACAGCUGCUCCGCAGAGAUGCCUUCAGGUACUCCAUGGUGCUGUUCACUCAUGGAGACCAGCUGGGAGCUCAGACCAUCAACAGUCUGAUCCAGUCCAACAGACACGUGUCUGGACUGGUCUCCAUGUGCGGGGGUCGAUUCUGUGUGUUUGACAACAGAGCCAGAAGAAGCAGAGAGCAGGUCAGAAGCUUCCUGAAUAAAGUAGAUGAGAUGGUGUCAGCCAAUGGUGGAGGACACUACACCUGUGACAUGUUCAGGGCGGCUCAGCCAGGUGUCAUAGCUGACAUCAUCUGGGGAAGAGUUCUACCAUUCCUGAAGCAACACAAGUUUGUCAUCUUUGCAGUUUUCUCACUCGGCCUGAUCACAUAUUCAUUCAUGAGAAACAUGAAAACAGCUGCACAUUCACUGGAGAGCCCUGAUCUGCGCGACAACCUAAAACCAUAAACUCUGACCACUUCCUGUCUUUCCUCCCAACCCGUACGAAGUGCUCCAACAGAGACCAGGAGCUGAAGCCACAGAUAUGAACCUUCAUCAGAUAUUAAACCAUCAGCGCUGCUCAGAGUGACGCUGUCAGGUUUCAUUAGAAUAUCAUCGUCAUGUUUUCAGCUGCACUUUGACUCUAAGGAGAGAAAUUAUGAAUUACUGAUUAAUCAAUAUCCAUAUAAUCAUAUUAGAUAUCUGUUUGGAUCCAUAAUAUUUACUGAUUACUGAUUAUUGGUUGUUAAAUGUUUUCUUGACAUGUAAAGUUCAUGUAAUCACGGAGUCGUAUGAAUGAGUGAUGAUGUAAACGGAAUAAGGAUGAUGUCAGAUCAUUGGACGAUCAGAUCUGAUCACGUGUGGGAAUUAUUUAGGAAUCUGUACUGGGGGGCAAUUCUUCACACCUUGAGGUCAUGACCUUACAGUUCUUAGGGGGAAGUUUCCUGCU